AUGGCUCCAUUACUGGCCGAUGAGAAUAUAUGGAAAUACAAUAUCAUUGCUAUUCAGGAACUAUGGAGGAACCAGUUCCAGACCACCACAUAUCACCUGGUUAAAGACCGCUUUGAUCUAGUCUACAAUGAACAACCAAACACACGAGUCUGCUUCUUCAUUAACAGUCAGUUAAGAGGAGCAUGGACACACACCCACCAUACACUAGACCUAGAUACACUACAUCUGCAAUUCAAAAACGGGAAAGAGGCCAGGAUAGUUCAUAUCCACAACAUAUAUAAUCUAGUUGAAAGUCAAAAUGAGAACCAACCAAGCACGCUACCGGAUCUCCGAAAGGCACUAGAGAGCGAUCGAGAAGAGGAACAUCUACUCAUAGGCGAUUUUAAUCUCCACUAUCCGAUGUGGGGGGGAGUACAGAGCCGUAAGACAUCAGAAGAAGCAACAGAUCUGUUAGAAUUAAUCACAGACUACCACUUGGAACUUUUACUGCCGGUAGGCACAAAGACAAGGCAAGACAAUGGAGAACCAAGUACGAUUGAUUUAGUCUUUGGAACCUGGUUGCUCUCAGAGAGCAUCAUUAGCUGUGGUCUUACAGGCAAUGACCUUGACCAUAAUUCUGACCAUCUUCUGAUCACAACUCUCCUAAGCUUGACCACCACCAGACAUCCAGAGAGAAAAAGGAGACUAUGGAAUCAAUUAAGGGAGAAGGACUUCCAAGAAGAGACUAUUAAUAAGGCCAUUGAACACCACUGCCCAGAGUCCCAAGUAUGCCCCAGAUCAGUACCCGGGUGGACACCAGAGAUUAAAGCGGCCCAGAUGCAUGCAAGAAGACUUCAUCGGCAGUUCCAGCUACUUCGCACUAAGGAGGCAUGGGAGGAAUAUCGAGCGGCUCGCAAUCUUAAAGGGCGCCUAAUUAAGAAAUUGCUACGAAAGAAUCACUGGGAACAAAUUCAAGAAGCUACAGAAACGCAGUCAGGACUCUGGAGACUAGCUAAAUGGGCCAGGAACCGUCAGCCACGCCAAUCAUUCACUCCUCCAUUACGGGUAGAUCUAGGACCGAUGAAGACGCAGACCGAGGACAAGAUCGCACUCCUGAAAGAGAACUUCUUCCCACAGAUGAAGGAAGCAGACCUUUCAGAUUUGUAA